AUGCGACUUGCCUUUGAGAGAAUUUCCUCCGAUGACAUUGGAUCCCUCGAUGAGCCCUCUAUCUAUCGCGCCGUCAUCGACGACGUGAUCGCCAAUAUAAAGCCGGAAUUCGAUGACUUUGGCGUGUCUGAGGAGGUCCUUGCUGAGCUUCAGAGCAAAUGGGAAGCAAAGGUCAUCGCUUCCCAUGUGGCCGACUUUGAGCCCCCAGCGCCACCUCCAGCACCUGCGCCUGCCCAUACGGCGUACCCUCCGCACCCCAUGCAUACGAUGCAGCACGGGCACUACCCGCCGCACACGGCCUACGCGCCUCCGCCGCAUCCUAUGCAAGUGGCCACUCAACCACACGUCAAGACAGAACCUAUGGACGGCCGUUACGUGCUGAGUGGUCCCCAGAGCAUGGCUCAGUACGGCAUUCCUACGUUGUCCGGCCCGCAAAUACCUUCUCGUCCUGUCGCGCCAGGCCAGCAAGUGCCAUCAUAUCCGCCUAUCAACGGUGCCCGACCUCCCAGUGCUGCGGGACAAGCCCCACCGCCGCCCACCGCGCGGUAUCCUCCUGCAGUAGCUACGCAGCCAGUCGCGGCAAGGAUUCCGCAAGUCGACGGUCCCUCAGCGUCAGCGUCUACAUCGAGGAUCCCUCAGGUCGACGGCCCCUCGUCUUCUUCGUCUGAGUCUCCUUCGCCUCCGCCUAGUCAGAACAACUACGCUCCUAGGGCCUCUCAUCCUUCACUACCCCAGCCGUCGCUGAAUUCAUCACCUCCGAAAGUCGACGACUCUGAGGCAAUCAACAGCGACCUCGAUGACUCGGACUCGGAUAACGAGCAAGAAGGCAUUGAGGGGGGUACCGCUGACACAGACAUUGUGUUCUGCACUUACGACAAGGUCGCACGCGUGAAGAAUAAGUGGAAGUGCGUGCUCAAGGACGGCAUGAUUCACGUCAACGGCAAGGAUUACCUCUUCGCUAAGUGUACCGGGAUCCGGAUCGAUCCUCUCACCGGGGUAGAGGAUUGGCCCUCUUGGAGAGUCCAGAUGGAGGAUCUGCUGUACGGGUUAGGGUUAUGGGACUACGUCAUCGAAGAAGGCAAGCCGACGGCAAAGGACGCCAAGGCACCGACCACAGAAGAAAAGAAGGCUCUAGAAGACUGGACGAAGAAGGACAGGACCGCGUUGAUCGCGAUCCGGAUGCGACGCGGACACGUGGAACCGCCUCGUCAAGAACUACGAGCCUAA